AUGUCAAGAAAUAUUACAACACUAAGAAAAUCUAGAGCGCCACCUCCUCCAUCUGAAACAAAACCCAUUGCUGUUUCUCCGUUUGAUGACACAGAAUCAGCCAGCCUCAUCAUGGAACAGAAAGAGAAUGUAAUCGAUAAAGAUAUUGAACUAUCAGUGGUCCUGCCAGGAGAUGUGAUCAAGUAUACUACAGUUAAUGGGAGGCAACCCAUGAUGGACUUGCUGAUCUUUCUCUGUGCACAGUAUCAUUUAAAUCCAUCAAGUUAUACUAUAGAGUUGGUAUCAGCAGAAAAUAGCCAGAUUAAAUUCAAACCCAACACACCAGUGGGAAUGCUUGAAGUGGAGAAGGUGAUUGUAAAGCCAAAACAAAUGGAUAAGAAGAAACCUGCUCCAGUUAUACCAGAGCAAACAGUAAGGGUAGUGAUAAACUACAAGAAGACACAGAAGACGGUAGUAAGAGUUAGUCCACAUUCACCCCUUCAAGAACUCAUACCAAUUAUCUCUAGUAAAUGUGAGUUUGAUCCUUCACACACUCUGCUGUUGAAGAAUUACCAGUCUCCAGAACCCCUUGAUGUGACAAAAUCUCUUAAUGACCUUGGACUAAGAGAAUUAUAUGCCACGGAUAUCAGUCGAGCCACAUCACCAGUUGAUUUAAAUUUACCGUCUUUGCAAGACUCCUACCAAUCUGAAAACUUAGAUGUUCUGAAGGAGAAGGAAAACAAAGGAUUUUUCAGCUUUUUUCAGCGAAGCAAGAAGAAAAGAGAACAAGCUGCCAGUGCCCCAGCAACUCCGUUGAUGAGCAAACCAAGGCCAACAUUUAUCACGAGAUCUAACACUGUUAGCAAGCAGUAUGAUUCAAACACUCUGCCAUCUGAAAUGCCAAAGAAACGGAGAGCUCCUUUACCGCCUAUGCCAAACUCUCAGAGUGCUCCCCAGGAGCUUGCACAAGCCCAAGUCAGACCAGCGCCUGAUGUUGUGAAAUCCAACAGCCUUGAUAGGAAUGAGCAGGCCCCUCUGGGAUUUGUACGGAAAGGUUCUCUGCCGCUCAGUGACACUGCUUCCGUGAACUCCUCUCUACGGAGGAUGAAGCGCAAAGCACCCUCACCACCCUCUAGAGCACCAGAAGAUCAAAGUGAAAGGAGUAAUGAGACCGUAGCAGAGUCGACAGAAUCAGCCCCUACUAAAGUGGAGGAGCGAGCCACCGCUGAAAUGCAGCCUGAAACAGGUGUAAGGAGCUCAGAAUACGACCUGGAAGAAAUUGAUGAAAGGGAAGAAAUGAGUGUCCAACUGAGAGAGGACAGUGAAAGUACAAAUACCUCUCUUGGGACAGGAGUGGUUACUGCAGCCUUCAGCUCUGCUGAGGUGCCACUGGAAACUGAAAAAAAUGAUCCUGCUUCAUCAGCUCCAGUUCCUGGCAGUAUUUCUGUAGACAACUCACAAAGCUUCAAGAAAGAAAAACAAGAAAAUAUGAGCACAGAUGGCAAAGGACUACAGACUGAGAUAAGCAGUGAGCAAGCUGCAUUUGAAAAAGACGGGAAGCUUAGGAUUUUGAAUCAAAAUAAAACCAAUGAUCACAGUGAUGCAAAACUCCUUCCAACAACAGAAGAAGGGAAAGAACCUCAGACAGCUGAAAUUAAAACAGCAGAUUUUAGAGAAAAUAACAAGCUUGAAGUUGACAGACUAUCAAACUGCCAGGCGUGUAAAAAUGACAUCUCUGUAUGUCAUAGGAAUGAUUCUCAGCUGAUUCCAGAAAGGCAAGAUCAGAAAACAAAUCAGACCAUCUUGGACACAGUAAAAACCCAGGAUGUUGCAAUCCAGACAGGUCCAUCAGAUAGCAAUUUGGGAAGGACUACACAGAAAGAAAUUGUUGUUCCUCAGGAUUGUGAAUCAUCCACAUUCAGAGGGCUGGUCCUUCAACACAACACAGAUACAAACAACCCCCUUCUUCAAGUGAUGCACAGAAUACAAGAGGAUGAAGAUACUUCAACAGAACAAAAUCUCGAGAGACAUGAAGUUACCCAUGAAAAAGUAACUCCCAUAAAAGAUCAGAGUCACAUUUGUAUAAACGGCAGUAACUUUGUUUCACCAGAAACAACUGCAAAAACCCCAGAUGGCUCUCCUGUAAAAGGUCACCCUGUUUAUAGACAGGACAUCAAACCUAAACCCAAGCCUGCUAAUGAAAUUACAAGGGAUUACAUACCGAAAAUUGGAAUGACUACUUAUAAAAUAGUGCCUCCAAAAUCCUUAGAAAUAAUGAAGAGCUGGGAAUUGGAAAUUCCACCAGAUCAUAAGGAUCAAGAGGUAUCUACUUCGGAAAACUCUCUGAAGCAUGAAGACCCCAAAGAAUUCACAGUGCGAGCUGAAAUUCCUAAUCUUCCAAAAAGUGUGGGUCAUUUACAGGUUGGUUCACAAAAUGAACCUGCAGCAGCAAAUGAUCUGCUGCACGGAGUGAACACUGAACGUGUUGUGAUGUCUGGAGCGGAGAACACUGCUGAGAGCAAUUGGAUGGAAACAGAGUCUUCCAAACAGUGUGUCCCACUGAUGCUAAGCUUGGAUAAUGCAAAUGCUUCUUCUGAGACUCAGGACAAGUCAAAUGCAUUAAGUCCUACAAUGAAGCCUAGUUCUUUUUAUUUGCAGAUGCAACGAAGAGCUUCAAGUCAUUAUGUGACAUCUGCAAUCGCCAGAAGUACUGUUUGUGCUCCUAAUUCCAUUCAAAAUGAAGCUAAGAAUACAGAGGUAGGAAGAAAAAUCUCAUCCCCUGAUCCAACUUCUGUGUCUCUACAUAAAACAAGUACUUCUUCUCCUCCAGCAGAUGAAGAAAAAGUUGAUGAUGGAAAAAAAAUUGAAUCCUCCACUUCUCCUGUUAAAAGCAAUAAACCUUCAAGUUUUCCCUCCUGUCCACCAGCACCGUUGAACCUAAGAACUCUAAGAACUUUUGCUGUUCCAAAGCCAUACUCCAGUUCGAGACCAUCCCCGUUUGCUCUUGCUGUCUCAUCCGCAGUCAAAAGGUCACAGUCAUUCAAUAAGACACGUACAGUCACUAGCCAGGCACCAAGAGAGGAACUUCCUGUUGAACUCCUCUCUGCCAGUUCAGCAGUUGAAUUCUCCUCAGCUACUUCUGUGCCUCAAGUGAAAAACGCUUCCUUACAGCCCACAACAGGAGGGUCACAAAAUAGUCUAAUGGAUAAGAAAGGCAACAAUGUCAAUAGUGAGCAGAAGAGUCAGGCACAAUCAGGUGCUUCCCCUGACCACCCAGCCCCUGUCACUAAGAGACAAACCGCGAUGACGUUCCAGCGCUCUGACCCAGAACAGAUCCACCAGAGCUUGCUGGCUGCAAUCCGCUCUGGAGAAGCUGCUGCCAAAUUGAAAAGGGUUGGUCCUCCAUCGAACACCGUAUCUGUCAAUGGAAGAGCCAGGCUUACUCAUUUGUAUUCCACAGAAGCAAAAGCUAAUCACUAGAUAUUAUACCAAAUAUUUUGCACUUUACUACUGCUUCAUAGGCCAACUUAAUACUAACUACAAAUUUUUGGAAGUGUAAAUGCAAGUAUAUGCUAAUAUAUUUUUGUCAGUUGUUAUAGGAAUUUCAAACUGGGUCCAUUGAUGCCUUGGAAAGAUUGUAUGUAAAUUAUGGUAAUAUUUUGCCUUUUUCUCUUUAUAAAGCUGACUAUGCUGCUAAAAAAGGUUUAAGAGAAAGUGCAGAUGAGCUUUGCUUAAUAAUGAGAAUCAAAAAUUCUUGAUUUUAGCCUUCAAGACUGAACAAUAUGUAGCACUAUGCUGAAAUUACUGAUUUAAAGCAAUCUAAGAAUUUUAGAUCAUUUAUUUUCAAUUGUGUAUUACUCUAACAGAUUGUAUGAAUUUAAAUCUACCACAUGCUGCCUCCAUAUUACUUUGUUAAAUUUGUAAUUAGUAGAAAAUCUUAAAUGUAUGCAAUACUUUGUUUCUGUUUAAAAA